CACCUUUGCUCAGGUGGGGCUGCAGGCUACCGUGGUCACCCCAGCUGGCCUCAUGCUACCUGACUUGGGAAGUCCCUGCUCACCCUGGCCUCAUUCCCCGUAGUCUGAGAUGGGUCUCUGAGCUUCCUCAGUGGCCGCCCCUGCCUCCCAGUCUCUCCAGAUGCUCACACCCCGCUGGGGUAGGUUUCCAGCGGCUAACUUUUCAGACUUCCUUGGGCCCUCACAAGCCAAUUCCACCUCGUAUUCUAGAGAUAGCUCCCCAAUUCAGGAAAGAAAAGUGUGCUUAUGGUAGGCCCUGGCUGGGAGACAGUGGAAAGGUUUGGUCCUGCUGCAGGGGAUAGGGUCCCGCUGUCCCAGGCUUCAAGGGGACAUGCCCAUUUUUGCACCCAAUUCCGGGUCAUCAGGGGCUUAUGGGAAGAAAUUUAUGAGUGAAUGAGGGAUCAGGGCCCAGGAGAAUCCCAGUGCCAUAACCCAGCUGAGAGACCGAGCUGAGACCUGUCCCCUCCUGCUUCAGGGAAUGAGAUGUCACUGUCACCAUCUGAUGGGCAAUGGAACACUGAACAGGGUCACAGGCCUGGGUUCUAGCUUCCCUGGGGAAUCUCACUGGCCUCUUUCCAGUAGGAAACUUAUUCUGGUCCCCCUGCCCCAGGAUCUGCUACCAACACUGGCUCAGAUCCCAGGGUCAGAGAGAAGGUAGCAUGGUGGAGUGGGACAGUGGCCUAAGACACUUCUGUCCCCAGCAUGCCACCCUUCCCCGUGGGGUUCCAGUGGUGGUGCCAUCUCCAGGCCCCCUCUGUCCUUUGCCCCCUCGACCUGAGCCUGGUGCCUGGUUUCCCCGAUGCCCAAACCUCUAACCAGGUCUGCUGAAAAUGUUGCCACUGUCUAGGAGCAGAACUUAUAGGCGUCCCACCUCACAGAGUUGUGUUUUGACACUAAACCCCCAGGUCUCCACGUCAUCAACUCUUAGAUACACACUGAGAGGUGGGGCUAGGGUGCUUUGAUCUGUCAAAUGGGAGGGCAGAGGAGUCUCAGAACCCCUCAGCCUAAAUGUCAGACUGGUAACAAAAGGAGAGGGAGUGGCUGUCGGGAUGGGGCUCACAAGAGGCUCACCAGGUCCAACUGGAGUCCAGAGCUCAGGAGACUCUUGGAGAAAUGUUCUCUGAUAGGUCACUCGGCUCAAGUAAGAGCAGGGAGGCAACUAAGGUCAGGGGGAAAGAAGUGACCUCCUUAAGCCAAGAGAUGUGGGGGCAGGAUUUGAAUCCUACAGCCCAGAGUCAGGGGAAGGGGUACAUGGGGGGAGAUGGGACAUCACCCCCCCCCCCACAGGGUCUUCAUGAUAGCUCCAUUGCUGUUCUAGAAUGUAUGUUUGUAUGGCUUUGCUCCUUUGCCAUCCUCGCCUGGGAUGGUGGCUUUUAAUUUCCACUUUACAAAGCAAAGAUACUUGGCAUAGACUUUGAUGGAAGCAUAGAACUUGAUUAUAUGGGAAACUGAAUGAACUGGUUAGUUUUUUUUGUCUCCUUGACACAGCUAAGGGUCAUUUGGGAAGAAAAAAACCCCUGUAGUCCAGUAGGUGGGGGCAUUUUCUUGAUUAAUGAUUGAUAUGGAGGGUCCAAGGCACUGUGGGCGGUACCACCUCUGGACAGGUAGUCCUGGAUGUAUAAGAAAGCAUGCUGAGCAGGCCGUGGGGAGCAAGUCAGUAAACUGUUCCUCCAUGGCCUCUCCUGUAGUCCCCGACUCUAGGUUCCUGCUUGAGUGACUUCCCUCAGUGAUGGCACAUAAACUAUGAUGAAAUAAACCCCUUCCUCCCCAAGCUGCUUUUGGUCAUGGUGUUUUGUCACAGUAACCGAAAGCAAAUUAGGACAGAAAUAAGCGCUACCAGUGGGGUUUGGAUCCACAAGGACAUGUGUCCACCGGAGGCGUUGAAGGCCUGUGCACCAUGUGUGGUGCCGGGCUGGUGCAUAGGAAAAGUGGUGGGCAAAAGCUAGAGAGGGGCUGUGAGCAGAGCCCAGUUCUCAGCCUUGAACGGCCGGUUAGGAGGUGAGGUAUUCUCCCGUCUCUAAAUAGUCCCUGGCACCGGAAGAGGUCUAAGUAAUACAGGACAGCAGCACCGUUCCCUUAAUUACACCCAGGAACACCAGCCCAGGGUUGGCACUGCCCACAGUGAGCUGGGCCCUUUCACAUCGAUCAUUUGAAAAUGCACUAUGAGCCAAGCUGGUAGGGGCAUUUUUUUCUCAGCUGAGGUUUCCUCUUCCUAAAUGACUUUAGCUUGUGUCAACUCGACAUGACGCUAUCCAGCAGCAUGACUGAAGAUGUUUUCUGCCCUGCUCAGUGGGACACAGUCAGCAAGAGGCUUCUACCCUCGACAGGACCUGGACUCUGAUGUGAGACAAACCAGUAGCAAGUGUCACCCCCACCCCAGGCUCAGUACUGGAGACUACAGUGGGGUUCCUUCAUGCAUUUAAAAACAAAGCCCUGGGCUCCAGCUUGUUUGGAGGAGUGAGGAAGAGUCCCCUACAACUGUUGCACGACCUGGACCAGGGUCAGCGUUCCGUGAUGGCCGAGGUGCACCAGCAGCGGCGCCAGCUGCUACACCGAGCCUGCAGCCGCCACACACGACGCCAGCGCCUGCUGCAGCCAGAGGACCUGCGGCACGUGCUGGUGGACGACACGCACAGGCUGCUGUACUGCUAUGUGCCCAAGGUGGCCUGCACCAACUGGAAGCGCGUGCUGCUGGCGCUGCGUGGCCGUGGGGACCCGGGCUCCAUCCCUGCGCACGAGGCGCAUGCGCCUGGCCUGCUGCCCUCGCUGGCUGACUUUGCGCCUGCCGAGGUCAACCGGAGGCUUCGCGACUACCUGGCCUUUCUCUUCGUGCGCGAGCCCUUCGAGCGCCUGGCCUCGGCCUACCGCAACAAGCUGGCGCGGCCACACAGCGCUGCCUUCCAGCAGCGCUAUGGCACACGCAUCGUGCGCCGCCUACGACCACACGCACAGCCCGAUGCGCUGGCCCGCGGCCACGACGUGCGUUUUGCCGAGUUCCUGGCCUACCUGCUCGACCCGCGCACGCGCCGCCAGGAGCCCUUCAACGAACACUGGGAGCGCGCGCACGCGCUGUGCCACCCGUGCCUAGUGCGCUAUGACGUAGUGGGCAAGUUUGAGACGUUGGCAGAUGACGCAGCCUUUGUGCUGGACCUGGUUGGUGAGCCCGGCCUGCGCUUUCCUGCUCCACCACGGAGGCCUGAGAAGAACCCUAUGCGUGACCAGGCCCGGCGCCUCUUUCAGGACAUCAGUCCCUUCUAUCAGCGCCGCCUCUUUGACCUCUAUAAGAUGGACUUUCUGCUCUUUAACUAUUCCGCCCCCUCCUACCUGCGGCUGCAUUAGGGAUGCUGGGUGUCUAGAGGGCCUGUGACUGCUGUGACCAAGCCGCCACCAGGAGGUCUAUAGAAUGAGCCUCUGGUGUGGAUUGGAGAACUAUUCGCAUUCCGUACUCAGUGGGCCUGCGGAGAUCCUGGACACAGGCCACACUCACACUGACUGGGUUGGGCACAGCUCAGGUGACAGUUCUGGCUGGCCUCUUCUGCCUUUGGUUUGGCAGGUGGCAGGUUUCUUUCCAGGACCCCAAUGUUUGUUUGGUUUGGUUUGGUGGCGUUUUGGUUGUGAGAGGCCAAUCUCAGUCAUGUCUAGGCAGAGCCUGCCCAUGCUGCUACAGACAGAAUGCCAGGGUUUGGUUCAGAGUGGUCUGAGGUCCUGCCCUGGGCCUUCCUGUCUUCACACAGACUGGCAAGGGCAGACAUGGCCAGAGAGAAGCUAUGCCCUGGCCAUCCUGGGGAGGUGUGUCACCAUGCACUGCCUGGGAGUCACUGUGAGCAGCCUGCCCGGUUGGCAGCCACAGAACGGCAGAGCAGUGCUGUCCACCUCUGUUUGGCUGGUCACCCUUUGAUCUCAUUGGAAGAUUCCAGGUCUUCCCGUGUCCUCAGAGGCCAGGAUGCAACAUGGUGGCAGUUUUUCCAGCGGGUACGCCGGGGCGCUGGCCUGGUCAUGGUUUUUAAAUAAAUAUGUUUUGUUACAUUUUUCA